UUUUGUUAUUGAUAUUUGGAGGUUGUGUUGGCUUUUGCAUUUGUAUAUUGAGAAUUCUAAUACAAAUAUUGGUUAUCGGGAUUUAAAGUAUUCAAACAGCAAUGCAGCUUAAUGAGGACGGCGAAUAUUUCUCGGAUAAAUUGAAUUUUCGAAUACCUAAACGAAAAACUGAUGAAAUUGAACCGCGUCAUACCUCGUAUCAACUUAAUGCGCGAUAUAAUCAGCAAAAUACCCCGCUUGCCAAUUCCUACUACAAUUACCCGUACGACCCAAAAGCUGCGUCUGCCUAUUAUGGAAACUAUGCGCAGUAUUACUCCCAGUAUAAUAAUUCGAGCGGAAAUCAAAGCAACCCCGAUCCAAUCAAGCACAAUAUUUAUAAAGCUCUGGACGAUUUAAAGGAAAAACCCAAAAAUCAAAACACUAAGAAUAUCUUUCAAUCAACAGUGCCAGAUUUAGUUGACAACACGUUGCCCAAAGAUUUGAAGCUUCUCUUUCAACCACUCUUCUGUAAACUUUGUUCAACUCAAUUCAGUAGCAAUAACAAUGCAAAGAUGCAUUACCAGUCGAAAAAUCACGAGAAAAAAAUUAAAAAGUGGCUGAUUGACUAUUCAGAGAAAAGUGGGGAACCAUUACAUAAAAGGGCUAGAACUAGUGACAAAAAUGAAGAGGAAGCUCAGAAAAAUCCUUCUUGGUUUCAUUGCGAUGUGUGUGAUUUACCUUUGACUGGUCGGUUGCAUGCAGAGUCCCAUUACAUGGGUAAACCCCAUCAAAGUGUACUAAUGGGACACAAAAAACCUGCCGGGCAGGGGUAUUACGAUGAGGAGGGAAAGUGGAUAAGGUUAAAAACAGUAAAAUCAAAGCCAUACAAUUUUGCAAAUGGCGAAGACAACUUUGGCAUUUCCUUUAAAAAGGAACAGGAGCAGAAAAAACCGGCAGCGCCGUUGGUAAAAUUUCACUGUGAAGUGUGUGACAUCAACACUACUUGUGCCGAACAAUUGGAAAAUCACUACCGCGGCCAAAAACACCAGAAAAAACUCAAGCAGAUGUGUUUGAGUCACCCUGCUCAGAAAGAGAGUGCUGAACGUAUUGGUUCGCCGCCAGUAUUACCGCUAGUGGCGCCGGAACAAGUGGUCUGUCCCGAAGCUGUAGGGCAAAUUGAUCUUGCCAUAUAUCGCCUGCCUUCUGGCGACUACUAUUGCCCCACCUGCAAUAAUACCACCAACUCAGAAGCGCAAUUUUUGCAGCACGUCAAGAGCAAAAACCAUUGGAAGAAGUCACAGCAGAAGACGAUUUAG